AUGUCUGAUCUGGCAUUGACUAUCUUGAGCGCCUUAGAUAAGACUGGGCAGAUUGUCGACAGUCGCAAGGCUUUCCCUGACGUUCCCUCUGAGCAGAUCCAAGCUGCUGUCACAUCGCUUGCCGCCAAGUCGAUGGUGACCUAUAAAACUGAAGAAAAGGACUUAUGGGUUCUGACAGCUGAGGCUGAGGAUAUUGUUGCCAAUGGCUCACAUGAAAUGAGACUUUUUGAAGAAGUUGUUAAAUCACUUGAGGGUCUUAAGAUUGCUGAUGUUGGCAAGGUUCUGGGUGCCUCUGGUAAACUUGGUCAACAACGAGCAUUCAAGAAUGGCUGGGUUAAGAAGGAUGGUGAUAAGCUUGUUAAGGGCGUUGAGGCCAAACCCGAGGAUACUACUGCAGAAGAGCUCAAGACUAUUAAGGAGACAGGCACGCUGGCGGAUGCCAAGGAGCUUGCUGACCUUAAGAAGCGCAAACUUGUUACCAAGACAAAGCUGAUUUCCUUUGAGAUUGCCAAGGGUCCUGAGUUUGCUCUUACAAUCAAGAAGCUGGAAACAGAUUUGACAAUUGAUAUGGUUCAGAGCGGUGCUUGGAAGACUGCUGAGUUUAAGCCCUAUAACUUUGCUGCAGAAGGUACCAAUCCUCUUGCUGGCGCUCUGCAUCCUCUGAACAAGGUGCGAGAGGAGUUUCGACAGAUUUUCUUUUCAAUGGGAUUUACUGAGAUGCCAACGGCUCAGUAUGUUGACAGUGGUUUCUGGAACUUUGAUGCACUUUUCGUUCCUCAGCAGCACCCUGCCCGUGACUUGCAGGAUACUUUUUACUUGAAGGACCCGGUUGUUGCUGAUGAGCCCGAAGAUAAGACGUACUGGAAGAAUGUUCGUGCUGCGCACGAGGGCGGAGCGUACGACAGUUUAGGCUAUAGAUACCCUUGGAAGGCAGAGGAGUCUAAGCGUCUUGUGCUGCGCACGCACACGACUGCGAUUUCAGGAGCCAUGCUGCACAAGCUUGCACAGGACCCUAAGCCUGCGCGAUACUUUAGUAUUGAUCGUGUUUUCCGCAAUGAGGCGGUUGAUGCGACGCAUUUGGCAGAAUUUCAUCAGGUGGAGGGUGUUGUUGCGGACUACAACUUGACGCUGGGCGAUUUGAUUGGGUUCAUGGAGCGCUUCUUUGCCAAGAUGGGUGUACAUGAACUUCGUUUCAAGGCUGCUUAUAAUCCUUAUACUGAGCCCAGUAUGGAGAUUUUUGGUUGGCACCAAGGUUUAGGCAAGUGGGUUGAGAUUGGUAAUUCUGGUAUGUUCCGACCAGAAAUGUUGGAAGCCAUGGGUCUGCCAAAGGACAUGCGAGUGCACGGCUGGGGUCUAAGUUUGGAACGUCCUACUAUGAUUAAGUAUGGUGUUUCUAACAUUCGUGAGCUUUUGGGUCACAAGGUUUCUCUGGACUUUAUAGAGAGCAAUCCUGCUGUUCGUCUUGAUGAGGAUCUUGUUUAA